AUGAAAGGAAGCAAACUUCAAAGAAUAUCUAAUAGAAUCAAAAAGAAAACAAUUUAAGCUCUACUUUACAUUUCUGAAGAUGAAUUUUAUAUAACUAAAGGCUCAUUUUUUAAUUGUCUAAAGAUUGUAGUGUAUUUUUUAUAGUUAGAGGGAUAUAUUUUUAGUUAAUAUGAAUCAAAACCCUUAACAUUAAAAGAAAAUAUAUACUUUUCAAAUUAUACUCAAUUGUCUGCUUUUACUUUUAUUCUUUUUUAAAUAGGGAAUGAUUUCUUAACCUAGUUAUUUUUUUACUUAAUAUUCCUUUUGCAUUUAAUUGUAUACUUUUUGUUAGCAUUAUUAUCAUUAGAUAAAUAGAUUGAGAAAACAGGAAUAACAAAAAAGUUGUUAAAUUUAUUUUUUACUAAUUAUCAAUGGAUUUUCAUAACACCAUUUUAAGAAAUAAGUGUUGGUGUAAUGGUUUGUGGUGAUAAUGCCUUUAUAAAAGAAAAUUAAUAUUCUUCAGACUGUUAAUUAACAAAAAAUCAAUUCUUAUAUGUAUUUGGAACAAUAUCAACGAUAUUUGUAUUCAUAUCUGGUGUUUCAAUUUCUUAUUUUUUUAGAAACUAUUAAUUCAAUGAUCGUACAUUUUCAAGAUAAUUUAAUUACGUAACUAUUUUACGGAUAUUACUUCAUUAAAUUGUAAUAAUAUUGUAUUACAUAAAUUUUAAUAAUAUCAAUUAUACUAAGCACGCAGUUUCAUAAUUUAUUGGAUUAACCUUAAUUUUAGACAUCGUAUUUAAUUAACCAUUUGGAUAUUCUUUUGAUUCUAAGUUUUAUAGUGCAGCUACUCUUAAUCAUCAAUUUUUACUGAUAUUAUCCACAAUUUGGAUUUUUUAAACCAAAAAAAAUGAUGAGUUUAUAUUUUUAACAUUCAUUCUUUUUAUUCCUGUAAUAAAUUCAUACUAUUAUCUAGAUUAAUACUUUUGUAUCAAAUCAAUAUUUAAGAUUGAAAUAAUUGGAUAUAUAUAAUUCUUUUAAUCCAAAUUAAUUUUAAAAUAGAUUUGAUAAGUAAUUAGAAGAAAUAUAUCGAGUAGCAGAAUCUAGUGAAUACAAUGUAUAAUCAAAAUUAUUGUUGUAUUAAAUUUAUAAGCAUCAUACAUCUAUUUGUAAAGAUAUUGAAUGUCAAUGUAUGCAAGAUGUUAAAUCUUUUUUUAUUAAUAAUACAUGUGAUUAUCAUAAAUUGAAUUAAUGGUCAACUAAUUUAUUCCAAAAGUAAUUAAAUUAUGCACUUAUUCAUAAGAAUUUUCAAUUCUAUGAACAUCUUGCAUUAAAGUUUGUAACAUUUCUGGCUAAAUAUUAAAACAAUCCUAUAAACGCUUAUUCUAUAUUGCAAAGAAUCAUGAAUAGUUAAUAAUCUUAAACUUAGUUAUAAAAAAAUGGAAAUUCAGCUCAAGUUUCAUUUUAUUUCAAAAAUAUUUCUAAGAUUUUGUUAAGACGAAACCGAAAUCAAUUUAUGAAUUAAUAGUUACAUGAAACUAAAAAAAUUGAAUUAUUAUUAUAAGGUUAAGCCUAAAUAGAAAACUUUGGUACUUAAAUAUAAGAAGAGUUGUUAAGAUUAGUUAUUGAAAAAUAAAAGUUUUGGGAAGAUUAUAUGAAUAACAAAAUAGUAUCAUUAUAGAGUUUAGAUUUUGCUUUAAAGAAAGUGUAAUCCAGAAUAUCAAGAGUGACUUACUUUAUAAUGUAAUUAAGAAAUAAAAUUAAAUAUUUUACUACUUAAAAAUAUGAUUGUAUCAGUAUUUUAAACUUUGAAUUAUUAUAUAAAAUAUGUACAACAAAUAACAAUUAAGAAAUUUAUGAAAUUUAAUAAAAAAUCAAAAAAAUAUUAGUUGCUGAUUAAUAUGAAGAAGAUCAUUACUUAAAUGUCCAUUUUUAAACCAAAGAAUGUAUAUCAGUUAUAGCCAAUAUUUCAUAAAGCAAAAGAGGAGAACUAUGGAAACCUAAUCAACAGAUCUUAAAGAAGUUCUUUAAUAAAACUAUAGAGAUUAAACAUCUAAAUGAUAUAUUACCAAGUUUCAUAGCAGAUAUACAUAAUGGAAUAAUAGAAAAUUAUAUUAGAAAUGGUAAAAGUGUAAAAAAGGAAUUAGUAUCAUAAGUAAUUUCUUGUUUUGGAGAAGAUUACAUAGAACCAAUCAUAUUUACACUUAGAUUCUUUUUUCCAAAAUUUGAUUCUGAGAAUGAUUUUUAUAUGAUAGGAUUUCUUAGGAAAGAAGAAAUGGUAGAUUAAAGUAAUUAAAAUGAAAAAAAAUAAUUUGGUUAUAUUUGCUUUGAUGAAAAUUUAAACAUAUUAGGAAUUAAUUCAGUAAUUGGUGAGAAACUAAAUCAUAAAGUUUCAAAUUCUAAUAAUUAUAAUGGAUUAGAUAUUUGUUUUAUGUUACCAACUAUUUUAUCAUCAUUAAUUGAUUAAUACAAAUAAAUUUUGAAUGGAAAGAUUGAUACUUUAAUUGAUAAUGAAAUGAUUGUUUCAAAAAAUUAGGAAACAUUUUAUGUUCCAAAUGAAUUCUCAAAAAAUUAUCAAAUUAAUCCUAAUUGUAAUUUAGUAGAUAAAAUUAUUAAAUUUGAAGAAAUCUAUGCUGAUAUCUAAGAAGAAUAAUGUCAAUUCUUAAGUAACCAUUAAGUAAAUUAUCAAUUAUUUUCUAAAAGAUUAAAAUACUAAGCUGAUCUUACCAAUUCUAUUCUUCACAGAGAAUUCUUUUUAGUAAAAUUAUAAUUUUUAGAGAAUUUUAUAUCGAAUGAAAAUAAUAUCAAAAUAUAUUAAGAGAAUAGAAGUUAGCAUUCAGAACUAAAUAUCAAUAAUUUUGAUGGAAUUGUAGAAAUUAUAUCUAGUAAAACAAAAUCAAGUACAAGAUCAGUGCUUUAAUAAAUAUAAAUAUUUCACACUACUUUAUCAAAAUAAUCUUAAAGCAAACAUUAAAAAUUAUUCAAGAUAAUAAAUAUGGUAUUCUUAAUUUUUUUUAUUUUAAUUUCAAUAGUAAUAAGUUUUGCUUUUAAGGAUAAAAACAAUUAUUUUAAAAGUUGUAAGAUUGAAUAAACACAUAUAUUAAAUGAAGUAGCCAUUUUUUCUAGUUUGAUUAAUAGUAUAAAUAAUGAGGGAUUAAUUGAAAUGAUAGAACCAAAUGUUUAGAUUGACAUUGAUAAUGUAACCCUUAAUAUAUCUUAUUUUGAAUACAGAUAAAUUUUAUCAGAAUUGAUAUAAUAUUCAUCAUAUCAUUACUUUUAAGUGCUUAAAGAAGCUGAAUUCAUAUUGGAUUUACCUUAAAAGUUCUCUUUGAAAUUUUUAGUAGAAUUUGGUUAAGUAUUUGAUUAAGAGGAAAUUGUAAAUUUUUAGACCUUAAGAUAAAUAUUAUCAUAAAAAAUUGACAGUUAUAAUUUAAAUAGAAGAAAGUAAGAUUUAAGUGCAAUAAUCUUAAAUUAUUUUAGUUAUGUAGAGUACUUGUAAUAAUCUACAAAAAUUUGCUUUGAAGAUUCUAAAUUAUUGGUGAGUUCAUCAAUUUAAUUGGCAUAGAAAAUUUUAAUAUUUAUGUAUGUUUUAUUAAUUUUAAUUUAUUUGCUACAGAUUUUUGUUGUAAAUAGAAUGCUUAAGAAAAGGAAAUAUAUUUUAAAGUUAUUCAUUAGAACAGAUUAUAAAGAGGCUUUAUUAGAGAAUGAGAAAUUUUAAAUACUUUCAAGUUGGUUAAGUGAGACAAAAAAUGGUUGGAGUUAGAAAUAUAUGUAAAGAUUGUUGAAUUAGUUAAAUUUAAGUUUAAAAUAUUUAAAAGAUGAUGAAGAUAUAGUAAAUGCAUUUACAUCCUCAGAUAGAAGAUAAACAGAAAAAGGUGAAAAGUUACUUGUUAAUAAUGAGAAGUUAAAAAUAAAUUUUUCACAUAGAUACUUUAAUAUUAGUGGUUACAUAUCUUUAACAAUAAUAUUUUUAUUUACUUUAAUUUACAUUAUAUCAUUUCAUAUUUAAAUAAGUGAAAUAUGGGAUGAUCUAUUGUAUUAUUCAUAAUUUAGUUUAUUGUUAUAAAAUUAUUAAAUAAAUUACUUAGUGUUAUAUUUUCAAUGUUAAUAUUAAUUGAAUUAUGAGUAUUAUAACAAUAUUGAGAAUAAGAUUUUAAUAAAAAUAUAUGAAUAAAAUGAUAUUUCAAGAGAAGAUGUUGAGGAUGCUUAGAUAAAUUUGAAUAAGAAUGUAUUUAGUUCUAUAUUAAUAAAUAAUGAUGAGAGUAAGUUGGAUAGAAUAUUGAAUUUAAGUGAAGAAUAAAAAGCAUAAUUUUAUGAAGGGAAGAUAUGUUAAAUUGAUGAAAGUAUUUGUAAUUAAAGUGAAAGAAAUGUUUUAUUAAGUGAAUAGUUAUAGAGUUAUUAUGAUACUAGUGUGAAUUAAUUGUUUUUAUAAUAAGGAUAAAUAUUCUACGAAAAUAAUAUUAAUAAUGAGAUAUAUAAUAUUAAAAUAUUGAUUAAGAAUAUGUUAGAGUCAAAGGAAUAUUUUAUGAAUAAUGUUUGGGGUUUUGAUAUCAUAAUUGAUAGAGUGAGUAAGACAGUGAUUCAUUUUUUAGAAAGAAUGAAUUAAAAUUUAAGAAUGAAUGAGAAUAGAAUGUUUUUAUAUGCUUUGAUUAUUGGAGUAUUAUAUUUUUGUUUAUUGGUAAUGUUUAUAAUGUUAUUUGGAUGGUAUUUUAGUAGAGAAGAUCAAAAGAGGAAAUAAUGUUUAUUAUAAAUGCCAUUUUGGACAAUAUUGAAAAAGAAUAUAUUUAGUUGUUUAAAAUAGAUUGAUUGA